AUGACAAUAGUCGCAUACGUGCGCCGAGACUUGACAAUAGUCGUCCACAUCGCGUCCCUCAUGAGCCGUUGUUUUUCCAGAUCCACAUCGGUUCCUUCAUUGUUCAUCGUCGGGCAUAUCAUGCCGUGUCUCCGCCGGUUUUUGAUCCCCAAAUUCGAGCCACCGCCGCCGCCGCCAUUUGUCAAUUGUUUUCAAAGGGAGAGUUGGAAGGAAGAAGAAAAGGAAACAUUGAAAGAUAAGAGAGAGAUAGAGGGAGGGUUCGACGCCGAUCAAUUGGAAGAUAGAAGAAAAGGAAUUGAAGAGAUAAAAGAGGGAGGAUCCGUCGGCGAGCAGACUACAAGAUUUAAAAUGAAGAAUAAAGUGGCUGCAAAUGGAGGAGAAAGGGAAGCGGUGGAUCCCUACUUUUGGGCCAUCGGCGGCAACGGUGCUGACAAUGGGAAUCGGAGAAAGGGACUUCUGGAAGGUACGCCCGUCGGCAAUCAUCGCACGGCCAGCGGCGGUGAUCUAUCGGGUAUCAAAGUGGACCGCCGCGUCCGAAGGUGUGGCGACUGGCUAGAGUCCGCCUGCAACCGAUGUCCACCGCUGCUAGGCUUGCGACGAGAUUGCAGAAAAUGGGCCUUAACUUGUUGUUACUGA